CCCAAAACAAGGAAGUGGAUUUUAACCGCCAUUGUUGAUCCACACAAAAGUCCUUGAGUUUCGACCACAAUGACAGAUGCUUCUGACAGUCAGCAGCACGCAUCAGGUAUGCGCGCCUCACUAUAAAAGGCGGCAAACGGAGGAGAGGAGCAAGUCAGGGCACCACCACCACCAGCAGCAGCAGCAGCAGCAUCAUCAACCAUCACCACCAGUGCGCUCCAGAAGACUUAUCCCCCAACCAGAAAAAAAAGGUCCGUCCAGCAUGCUGAAACCGUGCAUGAUGUUCGCCGCGCUCCUCUUGUGCUUGCUGGUGUUCUGGGGCAGCCUCGCCGACGCGUACCCUCCCAAACCCGAGAGCCCGGGCAGCAACGCCUCCCCGGAGGACUGGGCCAAGUACCAGGCCGCCGUCAGGCAUUAUGUCAACCUCAUCACCAGACAGAGAUAUGGGAAGAGGUCAUCCCCUGAGCAGGCCGUGGCGUGGCUGCUGUAUGGUGCCGAGCCAAGCCAAGACUCCGAACCACGUUUGGACUACAACAAUGGGUGGUAAUCGCCCCAAAAGGUGACCUGUCCUCCUAAAAAAAAAAAAAAUCCAACAACAAUCAAACCCUGGGAUUUCCUGGAGGGCCAACCCACAGCUAAAUAAUCUAUUUCAAUUUCCCAAUAUGCACGCAUGUUUCUCGUUUUGUUUGUCUGCAUUUCUUCUCUUUGUACACCUCUUUGUUUUCUGGGCGACAGUGUAAAUAAUUUGUAUGAGGAAACUAACUUUACAAUAAAGGAAAUAAUGGCAUAAAA